CUGCCCAGCCAGUUUGCGUCACUGCCUCGCAGAGCAGAGAAGAGCGAGCAGGGGAGAGCGAGACAAGUUUGAAGGGGAGGGCAGGCAGAGUUAGCAGCCCCCGAGGCUCUCCUCUCCCACCGCCCAUCCCUUUCCUCUCUUCUCCCCCAGCCUCUCUCUCUCUCUGCCCCAUAACUUUUCUCUCGAAAAGCCCCUAUUUAACCAAAGGAAGGAGGUAAGGGGAACCCUCUCCCCUCCCCCCUCCCAAAACCCCCCAACUUUUCCAGUCCGGAGAAAGCAGGGCAGCGAGCGGGCACCCGGCUGGCCAUGGAGCUGCUGUGCUGCGAGGUGGACCCGGUCCGCAGGGCCGUGCCAGACGCCAACCUGCUAUACGACGACCGCGUUUUGCAGAACUUGCUCACCAUCGAGGAGCGCUACCUUCCCCAGUGCUCCUACUUCAAAUGCGUGCAGAAGGACAUCCAGCCCUAUAUGCGCAGGAUGGUGGCCACCUGGAUGCUGGAGGUCUGCGAGGAACAGAAGUGUGAAGAGGAGGUCUUCCCUUUGGCCAUGAAUUACCUGGACCGCUUCUUGGCUGGGGUCCCAACUCCUAAGACCCAUCUGCAGCUCCUGGGGGCUGUGUGCAUGUUCCUGGCCUCCAAGCUCAAAGAGACUAUCCCUCUGACGGCAGAGAAGUUGUGCAUUUAUACUGACAACUCCAUCAAGCCUCAGGAGCUGCUGGAGUGGGAGCUGGUGGUGCUGGGCAAAUUGAAGUGGAACCUGGCCGCCGUCACCCCUCACGACUUCAUCGAGCACAUCCUUCGUAAGCUGCCCCAGCCGAGUGAGAAGUUGUCUCUGAUCCGCAAGCAUGCGCAGACCUUCAUUGCUCUGUGUGCCACUGACUUUAAGUUCGCCAUGUACCCGCCAUCGAUGAUCGCAACUGGAAGUGUGGGAGCCGCCAUCUGUGGGCUCCAGCAGGAUGAGGACGUGAGCUCGCUCACUGGCGAUGCCCUGGUCGAUCUGCUGGCCAAGAUCACCAACACGGAUGUGGACUGCCUCAAAGCCUGCCAGGAGCAGAUUGAGGUGGUGCUGCUCAACAGCCUGCAGCAGUUCCGUCAGGACCAGGGGGAGGGGUCCAAGUCGGAGGAUGAGCUGGACCAGGCCAGCACCCCUACGGACGUGCGGGAUAUUGACCUGUGAGGACGCGGUCGGGCCGAAUGGGAGAGACGCGUUCACAUCUGCUCUCUCCUUCUCUCUGGUUGUGUUUUGUUCUUUAUGUUUUAGGAUAAAACUUUAAAAACAAAAACAAAAAAAAAAUUCUGCCCCCACCUAGAUCGCAUUGAAAGAUCUUUUUAGAAGUGAGAGAAAAAGGUCCUAUAAAAACGGAAUAACUAAAAGCAUUUGGUGCCUAUUUGAAGUACAACAGAAGGGAAUCCCUUUGUAUAUGCGAACAGUUAUUGUUUGAUUAUGUUAAAGGUAAUAGUAAAAUGCUUACAGGAAAACCUGCAGAGUAGCUAGAGAAAAUGUACGCCUGCAAAUAUGGGAACAAAUUAGACGAGGCUUUUUUUUUUUUUCAUGUUAUGAACUAGCAUGUACACACCCCUUGUAGGAUAAUUUCAAGGAACUUGCGUAUGCCAUUUAUGGCAUGAUUAGAUUGCAAAGCAAUGAACUCAAAGAAUUAGAAAUAAGGGACACGAUGGGGAGGGAGUACAAAACAAUCUCUCAACCUGAUUGAACCAUUUUGGAUGUAGAAGCCCCUUUGCUCUCGACCACCUGUUUGUUACUAAGUCUGGAGCAUAGCUGACUCUAGUUACGAACUCUUGCUGUCUACAGUAGCUGCUACCUAAAAGAGAUGUUUUAUUUUGCCGGUUGGACACAGGUGAUUGGAUGCUGGGUUUCAUGCGUUUUUGACAUCUUGCUUCUUCUUCCAAACAUGGUUCAUUGCAGACACCACCAUAUUUUUAUCAAAAGGGGCAAUCUAGCUUUGGGCCAGAACCAAAACUCCUAUGAGUUGGAGGCAGAUGGAGACCAAGGGUGGGAUCUGGAAUGGAAUCUUUUCUCUUAAUGUAUUCAAGAGGGCAAUGUGACCUUGGCAUCCUUUAUUAAAAAACUGAUUUUUUUGGUGCUGAUUGGCAUGUCUGGUCCACAGUUUAGCAUUGUUAUAAACCAUUCCAUUCGAAAAGCACUUUGAAACAUUGUUCCCGAGGGAUAGAUGGGAUGGUUUAUGCAAGUCAUGCUGAAUAGACUCCUCCCUUCUUCUCCUGUGCUCCUCCCCUCCUGCCCAAGUCGGGUGACUAUUCACUUCUGGUAUCUGACAUUCUCUGGUACACAGUUCUGGUAUCCCUACCGGGACUCAAGAGACACCCCUUUCCACCGACAUUCCCAUCACAACAUUCCUCCAAAAAGCCUACAAAGAUCUGUUACCAUUUCGAUGGCAAAGAAGGAUCUUAAUUCCCACCUAUAUACUUCUCCUUUGGACAUGGAAAGAAAAGUUACCGCUGGUGCAGACAGACAGCUGAAUAGCAGAGUGUGGCAUUUUGUUCCCUUUUCCGUUUUUCGUUAAUUUCAUUGCAAAGUUGUAUUCAGCGUACUUGAAUUUUUUUUCCUCUCCACUUCUUAGAGGCAUUCAGUUAGCAAAGAGGUUGGAGCAACAACUUUUUUUUUUUUUUUGCACAAUUAUAAUUGACAGGUAAUGAAGCUAUUAAAAUAUUUGCCUUUUUAAUCAGAA